AUGCAAGAAAAGAAGAUCAAGGAUCUUGUAGGACAAAGUGAUCAGGCACUAGCAGACUAUUUCAGCAGCAGAACCUUGAAAAAUAUUCUAAAACUAAGCGUUUCCCAUGACCAUCCUGAUUUUGACCUUUUCAAAAUUAUUACUGCCAAAAAGAAACAGCUCAAUGCUUCUGCUUCUAUCAUGUGUUCACUCUACACAGCCAAAUACCAUGAGAUUCCUCAAUUUUCACUAAGUAUAAUGUCAGUCGCAACUGCAAAAGCCAAUAUACUCAGCAGAUUUAUAGUUUCCUAUCGAAAGAAAGAAAUUGACAACAAAUUUUACAACGAAAUGACCAGUGAGAGUAGAACCUUGCUGGAAAAGGUGGCAAGAUAUCAAGAUCGCAUACGGUCCUUGAGAAAGUCCUUUUGGCAAGCAUUAUUGUCCAAUGAAGAUGAAACAGACAAAUUAUCUAAACUUUCAUCUCAAAUCUAUCACUCGGAACAAGAAAUUGAUAUCAUUCUGGAGUAUUUACAAUUGAACUACCCUCAAAAUAUGCAGAUUGAAAGAAAACGACAAAGUUUUCUUGCUGAAUUCAAAUUCCAACAAGGUUGCUCAUCAUGUGCAUCACUUCCUCUCAUUGACCCUGUUUCUCCAACCCCUGUAAAAUCCAUGUCGAGAGUAUUCACAACCACAUCUUUCAAGUCUAACCUGUCAUUCAGUAGAAACAAUCGAGUUGUACCAUUAGUUGAUAUUCCAGAAUCUCCAUCCAAAAACAGUGUCACUCAAGACUCUGCAAGACAUGUUAACCUAUCCAGUCCUGCUCCAUCCACAAUAGAUAACAAGUAUAGUGACGCCAUUAACAUGUCAACAACGAGAACGUGGGAAAAGGUCAGCUUGCUUUGGGUAGAAGUUCUGUCUGUGAUAUUUAUACUUUGUUUCUUCAUUUGUUCCAUGAUCAUUGUAACAUAUAGCUUUCCAAAUAUUAUUUUUGCUGGUAGCCAAUGCCAGAGAGUUCAUACACCUGUGUAUUUAUUGAAAGAGCUGAAAUAUUUCCUCAGAUCUCUUAAUCAUGGUGUUUCAUACCACACUGAGUUUUUUGCCAACAUUAUAGAGGUUCAAAACAUUCUAAAGACAGCAAACUCUGUUCAAGGGAUGGAUAGAGUGUUAGAAAAAGAUCGUACUCUUGUCAAUCAUCCUGUAUUACUUCCUAAUGGUAAUCUUGUAAAUAUGUCAAUUUCAGAUAUAUCGAAUGAGCUACUUGUGAUCACUGAACGUUUUUCUACAUGGAAAGAUGUUACUCCAGACUUUAUUUCUACUUCUUACGAAUAUUUGUUUCUCCAACAAAAUGCAGAGUAUUUCUCGGAUUUAUUGGCCUCGUAUUGUAAUACUGUUACCGAUUCCAAAAUAGAGCAACAUAUUUCCUAUCUGAUUUAUUUGAUCCUGGCUUUUGUGGUCUUGUAUAUUGCACUUGUGGUCGUCUAUGCCUAUUUUGAAAGAAAGUUCUUCAACAAAAAGACAAAAAUACUUGGCAUCUUCCAAAAGAUACCCAAGGACAUUGUUGGAACGAUGUUUAACGCCACUCCAGAGCCAGGAAAAAACGCAUUCUUUUCAAAUAUGAUUAAGAUACGCUUAGAAAGCAAAUCCAUCAUACGACUUUUAUUUGUUGCAACCAUAUUUGUCAGCUUGUGUGGACUACUAAUCGUAUUUUAUGAAGUUUAUACAUUGGAUUAUUACAACUCGGUCAUUAUGGAUAAGAUUCAACACUCAUCCAAAGCAUUGAGGUCAUGUGCCGAACAGCAAUGGAAGCUUGGAGAUUUGGAAAUGAAGUCCAGCAAUUCAACCGAAUCAAUUUCUUGGAUAAUGGACAGCGUUUCUUACGAAGAAGUGUUUGAGCAAAACUGGAGUGAGUUUAGGUAUGGAUCAGGCACAGAACUGUUCAGCCUGACUCUGGAUGAAUUUAAUUUGGCUUUGGACAACUGCUCGUCAUCAAAUUUCACUUGCCAGAAUCUGAACCAUCUCGUUGAGAUUUACCAAAUGCAUAUUGAUAUCCUCACACAGAAUAUUCUUAACAACAUCGAACAAAUGAGCCCUUUGGAUUCAUCUCUCUUCGAAGAAAUUUAUGCUCUUUCCAAUAUUGUGAUUUCAAGAAUCCAUCAAGCAGCCACAACGAUUGUUACAACAAGUACAACAGCUGCAACUCCUAUUUCAAUUUGUACUAUAGUGAUUUGUAUUUUACUUUUGCUUACUAUUUCAGUGUUGCAUUACCACCAUAUUUGCCAUGUUUGUAAUGAAAAUGAUUGCCUUCGAAGACUGAUGAAUUAUAUACCCGAACAAAUCAUUGAGAAUCAUGAUUUAAUUAAGGGCUAUGUGCUUUUCAAUACCUUUUCAGUUAAGAAGAUGAGUGAGAGGAACAAAAUAUCAAAAGUGGAAGCGGUUUUAAAUGAGGCUAUUGAAGGAGGAAUUAUCUUAAAAUCCGAUUCGACAAACAUUGAUUUUGUAAAUCGUAGCGCAUUAACCAUGCUAGGAUAUGAUAUUGGAGAGUUGACUGACAUUUCCCAAGUGGUCACACCUGAAAGUUAUAACAAAGUUCUAAAACCUUGCAUUGAAAAGAUGUUGAAAUCAACGAAUUCAUAUGGAGAAUAUGUUGAAUUGGAUGCAUUAAGGAAAAGCGGAUCUACCUUAUCUGUUGCAUGCUCUGUGGGUUGUUCCAUUUUCGAGAAGAAGAAAUUUAUUACCAUUUUUUUGAGAGAUAUCACCAAUGACAAAAAACAUAAAUUUCUUCUAGAAGAGGAGAGAAAAAAGAGCGACUCUCUUCUCCUAAACAUCCUGCCUGGGCAUGUUGCCUCAAGACUCAAAGCAGGAGAUACAUUUAUAUCUGAGAAAUUUGAUGACGUCACAUGCCUCUUUUCAGAUAUGGUUGGCUUCACCCACAUGUCAAGUUCUCUGACUGCAACAGAGCUAGUCCAGCUACUCAACACCAUUGUGAAUGGUUUUGAUGAAAACAUUAAGAAACUUGAAUUGGAAAAAAUUAAGACCAUAGGUGACGCUUAUUUCUGUGUAGGAGGGUUACUGGAAAAUCAACAUGACCAUGUAGAACGGGUAAUCACCUUUGCUGUACACAUGCUUUCUGUAAUUUCAAAGUAUAACAAGCAGCAUGGAUCGAACUUAAACAUUAGAGUCGGAAUUCAUACUGGGCCUGUUGUUGCUGGAUGCAUUGGUACUUUAAAAUUUGCGUACGACCUUUGGGGAGAAACUGUCACAAUUGCACAAUUAAUGGAAUCCAAAGGUACUGCCGCAAGAAUUAAUGUGUCACGAAAAUCUUACGAACGAGUGUAUGAUAUUUUUGAAUUUGAAGAAAAUCAAGUGGUGGAAAUCACUCCAGGUCACACCAUCAACACUUAUUUACUCCAUCAGAAGCAUUAUGAUGUUGAUACUUUGACGAAAAAUAAGGUAUCCGAGAACCUCUUUGUGAGGGUGAACUUCCAAGAUCCACAAUCUUUUAACUUUAAAAAAUUGAUUAACCAAAAGGAGAUGUUGGGUAUAUUCAAGGACUUCGCAACAGGUCAUUUCGUGGACAUUGUUGAUUUCUUUAUCAGUGUACAGGAAUACAAGGAAGAUGUAGCUGUAAGCAACAGAUAUGAGACUGCAAAACAAUUGGUUCAGACCUAUCUCGACGAAAAUGCACCAAGGCGGCUAAAAUUCAAGUACAUGAAGAACGCAGUCAACCCUUUCCAACUGAAAUUCAAAGAUUGUAAUUCAACAUCAUGUCCUCCAGAUUUAUUUACCAACUUUGAGAAUUUAUGCAUUCGUUCACUUCAAGAACUAUUCCCCAAUGUUGUAAAAUCACCAGCAUUUGACAGUUAUAUUGAGAAAAAGAAAAAAGAGGAUGUGUAUGGUCUUAAGGCCAUGUUAAAAUCAUCUUCAAGCGAUAAUUCAACUUCUGAUAAAGAAGAAGAGGAGAAGGAGUUUUUCCUGUGGUGUGAAAAGUGUGGAACAGAAAUCAUCAAUCUCGAAAACAACAGAUUCAACAAUUUUGAAUUUAAUCAUCGAAUCUCAUUGCUGUUGAAUGUUUCUAAUUGGAGAGUGGUUUUUGAGAAUGAUCGUGGUAAAACAUACUUCUCUCCUGAAGUGACUCACAAUCACUUGAGUAACAGUAGAAGACACGUAGAAAUCAAAUUUAUAUACGAAUUACCAAAUUUCAGUGCUGAGGAAGUAUUCAAUGCAUGGAUCGAUGACUCUGCAUUCAGCACACAUAUUGAACAUUUGGAAUCAUCCACUCAAAUUGAUUUCAUCAGCGAUGAUAAAUAUGGUCAUGCAGUUUACCAUCAGAUUUAUUCAAUGAGCUUUCCUCAGCAAAAUCGAGAACUAGUUCAUGCUUAUUGUUGCAGAUACGAAGAAGAUGCUGGUAGAUAUAUGUGCAUCACACGAAGUAUCAACAAUCCAAAAGUGCCAGAGUCCUCUAAAUAUGUUCGAGCAGAAGCGAAAACCGCCUUUCUCGUCGAAAAGGUAACAGACAGUUCCUGUCGCUACUACUACAGCAUUAUAUUCGAUCCCAACGGAUGGCUCAGCCCCGAAUAUUUCUCUUCGUCAUUCAAGGAAACUUUAGAAAACAAUUUCCAUGCCAAGUUAACACAACAUGUUGAGCGAUUUUGUGAACAAAAGGUCACACCUAGUGGUGGCUUGGUGCAAUCCUUAAAACAUUAUCAGUCCAACAAGAAGUAG